ACUGCGAUUCAACUCGUUUCUCGUAUUACCGCUUUGCUCGCUUCCGUUUCCUCUGAUUUUCGUGGCCGUUACCUUCAGCCGCCGCCGCCUUGGCAGAAACCUCCGCCCGCCCGGCGCCGUUAUGGACUCAACAACUUCAACACCUUCGCAUGCCACAUUCUCUGGUACAGCUGGAAUCUGUUUGAUGAGAAAUGCUUGGAAAGAGGAUCAACAUCCAUCGUUCAUCAAUUUUAUCUCCACUUUCCUCUCUGCAAAUUCUUUUCGCCUAAACUUUGUCCCGAUUGACCCGGACUUUAUAUUCAAUUGUGGGGGGUUAUCUGUAGCCUUCAUUUUUGUGACAAACUGGGACCGCUACAAUGUUGCUUCGAUCUUCAACAGAGUUAAGAAGCUGAAGAUGCAAUUUGCAAGGUUUUACGUGGUUAUCACACUCCCAGCAAAAGAGCAAAUAAAUUCGUUUAUUCAGUCAUAUUUCACAUUUGGUAUGGUGAUUGGGAAGCCUACAUUUGUGCCAGUUCAGGACUUGGAGAUGGGGUUUGAAAAGAUGGUAAAAAUAGCCCAUUCUUCUGGAGUGUACAAGCAAGAAAGAAUUGGAGAAAAAUUGAAAGAUGAGAGGAAGCAGUUGGUGCAAAGAAUGGACUUUUACCUUAAGGUGGUUACAUCCAUCCCAGGCAUUGACAAUCACGAUGCAAAUGCGCUCAGUCAAGCUGUUGGUUCUGUCCAAGCAAUUGCAAAGGCGUCAAAAGAGCAAAUUCUAGAGAACACAGAUCUUUCUACAGACAAGGCAGAGUUGGUUUCAAGGUUUCUCAGGGACCCAAAGUUUUACUCGCGUCCCAAGAUCAAUUGAUGGCAGAGUAAUCCAGGUUGGACUUGAUUUUGCCAAAUGAAAUAAGCAUUCUUCUGCACUGUUUUUAUAUGGGAUAUUUGUUAUUUUCUUUAUCUUGUUAACUUCUGUGAAUCGUUAUAAAA